GCCUGAAGGUUAUUAUCAGACUGCUGAAAAAAUGCGUGAUGCAUGUAGAAGGGCUGGACAUAAUUUUUCAUUAGCUGAAAUACGUAAUUGGUUAAAUAAGCAAGCCGUUUUUCAAAUUCACAAGCCACCUCCAAG